GAACUCCCUGUGUGAAAAAGGAGACACACACUCAUGACUCUUGAUUCCUCAGAACAGAAGCUGGUCCCUGAAGCAGUUGUUGAAAUAAACCCAGUUUCCUGGAGCUGAAGACGGGAACGUGAAACAACAAUUACAGAGCAGCGAUGUGAAGAAAACAAUGAGUGAAGCAAUCACAGGCGGAGAGAAAACUACAGGACUCAUGUCAGAGUCCAGAGACUCGACUGACGAUCAGUCUGCAGACACAAACACACAACUGAAGUCCAGAUCCAGCCCUGUGCCCCUCAGCCUGGCUCGCUGUGCCGCCUGCUACAACCACAAGUCCAGCACCGUGUCCUGGCGCGGGGACACCGGCGAGUCCAGCUCCUCGGCCGAAGACUCGGGUCCAGAGGUGGAGGACGAGGAGUCGGAGGCAGAGUCCAGCUCCUCCAGCUCCAGCAGCUGCAGGAGCUCCGCGACCGAGGAGCCUGAACCCGAGAGGAGUGGAGAUGCUGCUGAGGAGGAAUCCAGAGGAGAUGGAGGAGGAGGAGGGGAGGGAGGAGGAGAGGAAGGAGAAGACAGUGAGAAGACGGUAGAGAUGUCAAACAGGCAGGAGGAUAAGAACGAGCCUCCCUCCCUGACUCCUCACCUCCUCCCUCGCUCCCUCCUGCCUCGCCCCCCUCUGGUCGUCUCCACCCUCCACCUGCAGGUGCUCCCUCAGAACUGUGGUGAUGAUGAAACGCUCUUCAACAUCCGAGAGCUCCGGCCUGAGAGAGAGGAGGAGCAAACACAGGAGGGUUACGGAGGAGGAGGAGGAAGAGGAGGAGGAGGAGGAGGAGGAAGAGGAGGAGGAGGAGGAGGAGGAGGAAGAGGAGGAGGAGGAGGAAGCAUCUACAAGCUUCUGCCUCCACAGCCGCAUCAGUACCAGCAGAUGAUGAUACCAUGGCAAAAUAUGUCACAACAAACAAUACAACAACAUCUUCAUCAUCAACAACAACAACUUCAGAGAUCUGGACACCUCUCAGCUCAGGGUCAAAGGUUACCCCCUCCCUCAUGCACAGGCCCCCCCACACCGUGCAUGCCACUGUGGGCACCGAACCCACCACAGACACACACACACACACUCACUCCGCAGCCAUGUUGGCACUGUCGCUACGUGCACCCCCCAAACACACACUGCAGCUAUUAACCAGGUGAGGCCGACUGUGCAGCAGUGGACAAUGAUCAUGAGUGUGUGUGUGUGUGUUUGUGUGCGUGGCUGUGUGUGUGUGUCUGUGUUCUGUGUUCUGUGUUGACGUGGUGGAAAUAUUGUGAUGUCUUAUUGUGUGUAAAACAAUAUGCUUUGUUUUGAUUAAAAUGUGAUAUUUCUGUGA